GAAGUGACACUCGCGCUUCUCAAACCCGACCUUCUCAUGGACCCAGCAUCAAUCCACACAAUCCUGGAAGAAAUCCACUCACAUAACAUCCACAUAACCCGGCGCAAAACCCUCCAAUGGACACGCGCAGAAGCUGAGCAAUUUUACAAUGAACACCAAGGAAGGUUUUUCUUCAACCGACUGGUCGGAUACAUGACCUCAGGACCACUGAUGGCUUUGGAACUGUCCGGUCCCGGGGUGAUAUCAAAGUGGCGUGGGAUGUUGGGAUCAACGCAUCCGGUGAGAAUGCGUGUGGAGAGGCCGAAGUGUUUGAGGGCGAGGUUUGGGUUGACUGAUACGAGGAAUGCGUUUCAUGGGAGUGAUUCAUUGGAAGCUGCAAAGAGAGAAUUGAAAUUUAUAUUCAAA